AUCGAAUCCGCGUUGCGUGUGAUUUUGUUUGGGCUCGUCUGUCGUAAAUUCAUGUUUCCCUUGUUUUUCUCUUUUCAUCCAGCUUUGCUUUUUUUAAAUCCGUUUUUAACAAUCAUUUUCCAUUGUUCUUUAGAUGAUCGUUUUAUUUUUGAAGUUUUGUUAUGAAUCCAGCGAUCUAUCGACUGGCAGCUUGGCCAGUCGAUCUGACAGAUUCCAGUAAAGCGUGAAUCGACGUGAGCGAUGGCUUGAUUUAUUCUUAUCCUUCUGGGCAGAAAACCCUGGAGUUUCUUCGUACUGUCUGCAGAACAAGGCAAUCUCACGGCCCAGCAUUCCGUAGACAUGGCUGCUCGAUCUCUGCGUAAAGCACUCCGGAAAUUUUUUGGUCUGCGGAAGACCAGUUCUGAGCCUCGUCUCAACCAGAUCGUGGAUGCACAGCCACGGAUGAAUGGCAGCCACACUCUGCUUUCUCGAGGUCGGAGCGUGGGUAUCGGGCAGCAUAAUAACGAUAUCGCCGAUGCGUAUCUGCCAUCAGUAAUUCCCGACGAGAACUUGGUUCCGGAAAUUGCGGAGCACCUGCAGAAAUUGAAUGCUGCCCGCAGCAUUCGUCUCGCACAAGAGUCACUAUGGUACUGGGGUCCCAUUAAUGCCGCCGUCGCGGAGACCGUUCUAGAGAAUGAAGUGGACGGGACAUUUCUAGUGCGUGAUAGUACGGAUGAGAAUUUUCUCUUCAGUCUUUCCUGUAAAUACGACGGCAAAGUGGGCCACGUCCGUAUCGAAUACUCCAAGGGUUCCUUUAUGUUCCGCAAAAUCCACCACUACAAAUCCGACAACAUCAAGGAUUUCAUCGAGAAUGCCGUGGAUCAUUCCCGCACCGGGAAAAUGCAGUUUAUGACCCGGCCGCGGCCCGGUGUGGACGCCACUCAGAUUCUGCUGCUGUAUCCGCUGUCGCGGCGUCGGACGGUGCAGUCGCUGCAGCAUUUGUGUCGCUACACCAUUAUGCAGAAUAUCAAGGAUCGUGACGGUGUCGUCGUUCUGCCCAUACCGUUGGGAUUGAAGAAAUACUUACGACAACCGCAAUAUUUUGUCGAAUUUGAUCGGAAUGGACCUCCGGUCUAGCUAGAAGGGUAUUUUAUGUUGUGUAGAAAUGGUUGUUUGACCAAACUGUAAUGUCACAGUAUGGUGAGGGCGUGUUUUUAUCUUUGUACUGUUUUGAAAUUUUCCAUUCCAUUUGAGUACUGCUUGGGGCUUCUUCGCGGUGAGAUUGUUUUUACCCGAUUCUAGUUUUUGAUUUUUUUAACCCGCAUUCGUUACGUAAUUUUAUAACGUUCUAGCUUUUAAGAUUUCCCGUUUACUUUUCUGUUUUCGUUUCAUUGUACAAGAUGAAAAUAAAUACAAGUUAU